AUCACCGCUGGCAGCUGCCAGCCCACCAUUGCUGAACCGAGCCUGGCGCGCGCGGCCAUCUCCGACCAUUGGGCUCCAGUCCUUCAAGUCAAGUCACGGGGGGCGGGCCUCUGGGGCGCGUCGAACGCGCGCGCGCCGGCUACCUCGCGGCCCCUCAUCAUGAACGACGUUGAGAUCCAGAUGCCCGCUUCGGUCACAGACAGAACCCACGGAGCGGCGGCCGCCGAGCCCGCCGACGAGCAGGGGCACGCGCCUGCCUUCGCCCCCGCGGACGCAGCGGCGCCCUGCCCGGCGCUGAGCCGGCAGCGGGCCCGGGCGGCCCACGGGCGCCGGGGGCGUUGCGGCGACGCGCGGCGGGUGCUCCAUCGGGCCUUCCACACGGACCCGCUCUCGCACCCGUCGCUCGGGGCGGGCGCGCUCCAACCGUUGGUUCGCGCCGGCUCUGGGGCCGCACGUUGGCGCCCGCUCGGCGGAGCAUGGGCGCUCGUCGUCUACCCCGUGGUCCAAGCCGCAGCCCUGUCCGCCGAGCUUCGGAUGAUCCGCCGCGGGCCGGUCAGCGCGCGCGCAGGAGACCGCGGAGUCAUCUUGGCGAGGCCCAUGGGCACCGAGCGUUUGUUCCCGCGCGCUUUUACCGUGGACCCCCUCGCUGGCCUUCAAUUCCAGUCCAGGAAGUGC